UCUGGAACAGCCAAAUCCCCCUGCAGACGUGGAGCUACAUGGAUGCGUCUCCAAAGCUCCAAUAAGCAUCAAACAAACAAACAAACAAUCUUCCUCUGAGUGAAAUCUGGUGCAUUUAUGCAAAUAACAUGUUAAUUAACAAAAAAUUUCCCAAUUUCUACAUCAAUGGAGCUUCUACAUUCUCAUUCUACUGUUAAAUUGGCAUAUACCAUUCAAAAGUAUUCCAGCUUCUCCUCAAAAUUUGCCCCUGAAAAUAUCUUGGUGGACAAUCCCCAGGAUCAGACUUCACGAUGGUCUUCAGACUCCCAUGUUCCGCCACAGUUUCUUGUAAUGAAGCUGGAGAGCCCUGCAAUUGUGACAAGCAUUACAUUUGGUAAAUAUGAGAAGAGCCAUGUUUGCAAUGUGAAAAAGCUUCAAGUAUGGGGAGGCCUCACUGAAGAUCACAUGAUGCUUCUCUUUGAUGGUGGCCUGAAGAAUGACCCACACCCUGAGACUUUUAGCUUGAAGCACACCGUUGCUGAUAUGCCCUUCCCAGUUCGUUACAUCAAACUCCUACCCCUGCAGGCCUGGGGAUCAACAUUCAACUUCAGUAUUUGGCACGUGGCUCUCUCAGGCUGUCCAGACCCUGCUUUGGUUCGGCGCUGCAUCCACACGUACACGCUUCACUGCGAGCGUGAAGCCCUGAGAGUGUGCUUGAAACACCUCCGUCACAACCGUUACAUAGAAGCCUUCACUGCUCUGUCGAGAGAAGCCAACACCCGCCUAGAGCACCCUGUGCUGACGCGACUGUACCAGGCGUGUACAGAGCAUGACGGCACUGAGCUUGUUGAGAACCUUAUCUCUAGAGCCCUUCAAAGCGGUCUUUUUAAUGAAUAUUUGAGUGGCCAGCCGCUGGCACCUGUGUGGCGCCAGCUCAUACCGCCGCCUGGAGCUGCUCCAAACACCUCGCCCGGCAUGAGGGGCGGCCACCAGCUCUGCUGUGAUACCCAGACUCAGAGCAUUUAUCUCUUCGGCGGUUGGGAUGGCCAGGAAGACCUCAGCGACUUAUGGUGCUAUAAUAUCCCUGCCAACGAGUGGUCCUGCAUUUCUCCCGACACUCGGAUCCAGGGUGGUCCGAGCCCCCGUUCUUGCCACAAGCUCUGCCUGGACUCAGAGCGUCGUCAGCUCUUCACGCUCGGCCGCUACGUUGACAGCAAAAUGCGCACCGCUGACAACCUCAAGAGCGAUUUUUAUCUUUACGAGCUGGACAGCGGCCGAUGGACCCUAAUAACUGAAGAUACCGCCGAAGUGGGUGGCCCUCGCCUCGUGUUUGACCACCAGAUGGUCAUGGACGCCGAGAAAAGAGUUAUUUAUGUUUUUGGUGGCCGAGUGUUGACGCAGUCGCGUUGGGAAGGCGUGAGCCUGGAGAACGAGCGCUCGGUGAGCAGCAACGGCGGCUUCUCCCCCGCCGAGCUGCAGUUCUCAGGCCUCUACCGCUACGACGUCGCGACCAACACAUGGACCUGCCUCAGGGAGGACGACCCUGCCCCUGCCCGUUCAAGUACUGGUACUUUUACCGGCCGCGUGUCUGACAUCAGCCGAGAUGCUCCCGCAUCGCCGUCAGUGUCAGCGGCUGUCGCUGCCUCGUCGUCGUCGCGGUCUCUCAACUCGUCUAAUAUUUCGUCGCCUUCAACGUCUUCGUCGUCAUCGUCGUCAGGCAGCUCGUCGCUCAGGUCCCGCGUCGGACAUUCAAUGCUUUUUCACCCUAUCACUCGACAACUCUUCAUAUUGGCGGGCCAACGAAACAAGGAAUACCUCACUGACUUCUUCACAUAUCAGGUGGACACGGAUGUCAUCACGUGCAUCAACGAGAAGAACUCCCCCCGAGGAUGCGCCUCUAUCAGCGCAGUGCGGCCCCCAGGCGUCGCGUCCUCAGCCCAGGGCCUGAACAUCCUGGAGGGAGGGGCUCUUCUAGGGGCCUCCUUCCCGCCCCGUCACAGCGACGUCCCCCCUGCAGGCUUCACUCAGAAAGCUACCAUUGAUCCCGUACUUGAGGAAAUUCAUGUUCUGUCCGGGCUCAGCAAGGAGAAAGACAAGCAAGAUACGGUGUGCAAUUCUUUUUGGGUGUACAGCAUUCCUCAUAACAAAUGGUCCUGCAUUUACCACAACGAACUUUCCGGCGACGGCCCAGAUAACCGAGACGAACCUUGCCCUCGCUUUGCCCACCAGCUCGUGUACGACCACGUCAACAAGAUACAUUACAUGUUCGGCGGCAACCCAGGCCGACAUCAGCAACCCAAGAUGCGCCUCGAUGACUUCUGGUCCCUGCAGCUCAGUCGACCAAGUCCAGAGAAGCUGUUGCAAGAAAUCGUCUUCAUAAUCAGGAAAAGCUGGUACGAAGAGCUCGCAGUUCGUGACUCGUCCGAAGCACUGCGCUACCUUCAGACGGAGCUGCAUGAAGCUGUCGACCACAACAACCCUGAACAAGUGACUGAACUGCAGCGCUUGGCUUGCACGCUCUUCCAGCCACCAGAUCCUGAAAUUUGUCAGCCGCCGCCUCUAACAUCUCUUCCCCAACCUCCUCCCCAGAACCUCCCCCUCUUCUCUGAUCUUCUUUCCCCUCAACUUCCUCCCAAUCUCGAUCUCCUCAAUAGCGAUGCCAGGGCUUCUGCAUCCUCGUCUCCACUACUCAUGGACAUGAGUGGGAGUAAUUCGCUAACGAUGCAGGAUAAUUCAUUAAUGUUACCCGAAAAUUCCUUAACUCUGCCGGAAAUUUCGAUGCCUGGUUCUCCCUCGUCCACGGAGCAGCUGAUCGCCUGGCGUCACCGCCACCGCUCGGAACUCUUUAAUGUUCUCACUAAAUAUUUUCCUGAAAACAUGACGCAGCCAAAGACGAAUCUGGUCGACCUCGUCACUUUAUAACAGUCACUGACCGGUCGAAACUUCGAGUGCUGCCCUAACACCGCACCUUCUAUCGCGCCCGGGUAUAAAAUUAGAAAAUUUCUCCAAUUGAUGGUCAUUCUAGUUUAUUGGCGACUUUUCUCCGAAUAAUUUGAAACUAUUAUGGAAAAAUUUAUUUUACUUCUUUAAUUUGUAAAUUUCUUGCUCUGAUAUUAUUAUUCGUGUUAUGUACAUCUUCCAACCUGUUGUUUAUUCCGAGCUACUUCAUUGCACUCAAAAUGUCAAUGAAUUUUAUGCCGACAUCCCAUCACAGUUACAUUGUCCGUCUACAGACCGUUUUUUCUCGAUACCAUCACCAGAUUUAAGAACUCAUUCCCCGCAUGAGACUCCGCAUCACAUGGUUUUUAAGAACGUUUCUGAACCCUUGCCGGUAUAUUACAACCCUCCCAUACGAAUAUCAUCCCUCAGUUCAUUUUCUCUUGAAUCUUCUAUGUCGGCACUCCGUUAUUUUGCGGAAAUUUUUCUAAUUCAGGAAUAAUUUCAUUUGCGCUCUCAAGUAUACCAGAUACGUCGCACGCGCAAAGCUUGCGGCGUGCCAGAAUGUAAGAAUAAUUAUUCUUUUGGACCAGAAUUUAAUAUACUCUAAUGCACGCGUCAGAAUCGAGCGAACUCACUGAUCCAAUUCAUAACAAUGACCAUAUUAAGCGAGUUGUGUUCAAAUGUUGGCGGCAGUACGAUAACUUAAUUCAAAAUGUUACUUGGAUAACUCAAGACAAAAUUACGCUAUCUCGGCCGCAAAAUUUAUUAUCGAUGUAAAACAAUUGAUCGUAAUUUUUCACGCAAAAUAUAUCAUCUUCAUUUUUUAUUCACUAAAAUUUACCGAGGCCAUGUACUGAUUCUUACUUGAUUUGGAAAAUAAUUUCUGGCGCCGGUAUUUAAAAGUUAUAAUUAAAACUUGGCGCUCUGAAUAUUUCGUGAGUGUCCUACUCAGUGAUUUUUUAUUUUGUUGAAUUGAACAUAAGUAUUUUAAGACAUCAUUUUUAUAUUGUAUAAUUUGGCUGGUGCUUUAAUCCCUCGUAUGGCAGCUCGGUCUCUGAAUGCUAUUUCUACGUUUCUAUUGGAAGCGACAGUUGAUGUAAAGGUACACUUUAUUUCUGCACAAAAUUUUGCUUUGUUCUGAAAUAUUUUUUUAGCGCAUUUUCUCAUUUAUGGAAAAA